GCCUGGGUGCAGGGGGUAAGAUGCCAGGCUGCAGGCACAGUGACCUGAAGCUGGCUGCUUCCGUGUCAUCCAGAGCUUUCUGGCAUAAAGCAUGCUUCCAUUGCGAGACCUGUAAGAUGACACUCAACAUGAAGAACUACAAGGGCUAUGAGAAGAAACCCUACUGUAACGCACACUACCCCAAGCAGUCCUUUACCAUGGUGGCCGACACCCCGGAAAACCUCCGCCUCAAGCAACAGAGCGAGCUCCAGAGUCAGGUGCGCUACAAGGAGGAGUUUGAGAAGAACAAGGGCAAAGGCUUCAGCGUCGUGGCAGACACCCCUGAACUCCAGAGAAUCAAGAAGACCCAGGACCAGAUCAGUAAUAUAAAAUACCAUGAGGAGUUUGAGAAGAGCCGCAUGGGCCCCAGCGGGGGUGAGGGCAUGGAGCCUGAGCGCCGAGAUUCCCAGGACAGCAGCAGUUACCGGCGGCCCCAGGAGCAGCAGCAGCCUCACCACAUCCCGACCAGUGCCCCAGUUUACCAGCAGCCCCAGCAGCAGGCAGCCCAGUCCUAUGGUGGCUACAAGGAGCCUGCAGCCCCAGUGUCCAUACAGCGCAGCGCCCCAGGUGGGGGCGGGAAGCGGUACCGUGCCGUCUAUGACUACAGCGCUGCUGAUGAGGACGAGGUCUCCUUCCAGGACGGAGACACCAUCGUCAACGUGCAGCAGAUCGACGACGGGUGGAUGUAUGGGACCGUGGAGCGCACGGGCGACACCGGGAUGCUGCCCGCCAACUACGUGGAGGCCAUCUGAGCCCACCAGGGGCCUUCCCGCCCCAUCUGUCUUCAGCGCAUUCCAUAGCAUUGCAUCCGUCCUGGGCGUGACCUGUCCACCCUUCAGUGUCUUUGUUUUUUUAAAUCUGCGACAGCUUGUUUAUUCCCACCCUCCUCCAGCUUCUUUGGCCAACUGAAGCCUUGUUCUGCCACUUUUCGUGGCCUCCCUCCUCUGGCAGGUUUUCCCCUUGACCAACUUCUUGGUUUUCUCUCUGGAUGGAAUAGGUGUGGACUUCUCUGGGGGAGGCCAAGGCCUGUGGGGCUCGUCUGGAAUGGGAGACCCAUCAGCUCCCAGGCCUCUGCCUUCUCUCUUUUCUGCCCUCUCAGACCCUCCCGCCCACCUCCUCACAUACCUGAACAUUCCAGGGCUGGGGUGAGCCCCAGACCCCCAGGACUCCCAGGGGAGGGCCUCCAUACAUUCCUGGGAGUGGUACCCCACCACCCUUGCCCCUGGGAUGGGGAUGGGUUGGCGUGCUGCCACUGUGUAGGCACCAGUGAGAGGGCUUGGCCCCUACUUCUCAAAGAUGGGGCUGCUGGCCCUCUGAGGGGUCCCCUCACCACCCUCUCCCUCUCUCAAGGACAACAAAAGAGGGGUAAAGUUCCCGCUUUAGGGUUCGUUCAUCCUCCCCACACGUGUUCCUCCUCACACUGUGAUUCUGCUCUCCUGCCCACACGUACCAGGUGUGGGCGAGGAGCUCCCCAGGAAGUGUGGCUUGGGUCAAGUUCUGGCCUUUCUUACUUUUAGGGACAGCUGCAGGAAGGAAGGGAACAGGGUGUUCUCUCCCUCAGUCCUUUUUACUUACUCCCAGCCCCAACCUCCAGGGACUCCUUGGCUGGAAGCCGUGGUCCUGAAAGGUAGGGCAAGGAAGCCUGCCUCGGGCCUCUUGGCUUUUGAGGCUCAGAUCUGGGCAGGGUGGGCGGCUUCUUCCUAUUCCUCACUGGAAGAUUUCUCGAGCCUUCCAUGGCCUUCCCUCCUGCCUGCUGCCAAAUGGACCAGAAUUGCAAAGCCACAAGACCUUCUUUAUCUCCAGGACUUGGUAUAGAGGCAGGAAGCAUGUAUAUCUGUAAGUGUCUGUGACAGUCUAGUGUGAGCAUGAGUGUGAGUGAAGGGUCAGGGUAUGGCAGGUGUCCGGGCUUAUCCGAGGGUGUGCAAAGCUAUCUUUGAUAUUUUCCUCAAAAUGCACAUUGAGAGGGAAGGACCCUGAGGGAGAAAAGUUCCUUGUGUUUUCUUUGGAGUGAAAAUUCCUCCUUUCCUAUUAUCCCCAUAUAGAGGAAGCCUACCUACCUGCCUUUGGACUAUGCUGGGCAAUAGUCGAGAUGGUUGAGGAUCGGUGGGGUAGGGGGAAAGGGGAAGCCUUCAUGGCUUUAGGCAUAUUCUCUUCCCCCAUCUCUGCCCUGGGCUGCAGAGUAGGGGCCAGAGGACCCUUUGUCACUCACACUGUGUGUGCCUCACUCUGGGGGCUCUCCCCCUUGACCUUCCCCUUGCUUACCUAAAGCCCCCUUGAAGCAUUGGAAGACAGUCCCAGAGCUACAAAACUGGAAGCACGGGCCCCGGGAUGAGGAAGGGAAAGAUGGUGCUAUCUCCGAGUCCCUUCUGUCCCUCAUUGGUGGCUGUGACAACCCUUGCCUGGCUUUAUUCAUCUCUGGGCUCUCUUGUCACCCUGAGUCCACUCAGGUCUUACAGUUGAUAAUCUGAUAUGUGUGGGGGAGGGGCUUGCAGGUAUAGUCAUCAAUCAAGUCCUCACUGCUUUUGAGUUGAGAAUAUUUGCCCCUAAUCAAAGAGCUAAGGGAAAUGACUGGGGAGGAGCCCCUGCCUGACCAACCCUGCUUGUCUUCAGCUGAGGUGAGGGCAGGUGAAGGGUCUUCUGUGGGUGAUUUGGGGGAUGAGGGAGCAAUUUUGGGAGCCUUGGGGGAGGCACUGGUCCAUUCCAUUUCCUCGUGAUCUCAAAGCACAACAUGGAUUCUGGGACCAAAGGUCAGAAACACAUCCUGUUGAAGGAGUUGCAGUUAGGAGGGCGGGAUGAGCAAGAAACAGCCUUUUCACUCAGCUUAAUUUUACUUCCAAAACAAGGCAAGCCAGCCACUGGAAUCUUGCUGUUGGGCCCUUUGCUCCUCCCAUCCUAAAAAUAGGGGAACUUUUCUUACAUGCCCCCAGAGAGAGGAGGGGCUGUCAACACUGGUGCUGAGGGACCCAGAGGCUGCUGGGAGUCUUUGUUCCCCUCCAGAAACUUCCAUCCCCAGAAGAGCACAGAACCUGAGUGCUGGGCUGAGUCCCUGGUCUUUUUGCAGUUCACAGAGGUCUUUUAGCCAAUCUGAUCCCAGGAAAGGAGAUACAUCAGAGCUAGAAUGUGAAUAUAAUGUUAGUGGACCAAUAAUAUAAGAAGCCCAAAUGUGAGAAAAGUGGAUUCUUUUCAACAUUGCUUCCUGUUUCCUUCAUGUCCUUCUAGGGAAAACUGUUGCUUAAAUUUUGCCUUUUUUUACCCUCACAUAUGCACUUUUGGGCCUUUUUUUUUUUUUUUAGUAGCUGGGGGAAAAAAUUACCACCCCACAAACCUGUAUUUAAAAAGAAACAAAUGACCAUGUGACAUUUGCCUUUGUCCAAACAUUUCAUCUGUGUGUGUGAAGCCAUCAUUCAUCUUUUUAUAUGGGGUGGUUGUCUCUUCUUGGUCUGUUUUGGUCCCCUCCCUUGUGGGCUUGUGCUUGGGAUCGAAUCCUUCUGUUAUGAUUCUGAACAUUUGACUUAGACCAUAAGUGAAUCCUUCUGGUGACUCAAAUAAAAGUAUAAUUUUUACCUGCGGA